UAGGACGAUUAUCUGAUCUGAAGGUUUUCUGAUUUUGCGUUCGGUUUGUGGCAUCUUACAGAGUCAAAGACGGUUACGAGUUGAGCGUGGGUCGUGGGCGAUCAGCUGAGCGCUUUGCUUUGGAGCUUCUUUCUUUCCUCUGCGGUCGGCGAAGGUGGUUGUUACGUGCUGUGAGUUUGCUGAAGAACGACUCUCAACGCGGGCGGUAGCUCAAGAAGGAAACCGAAAGUGGUGGUUCACCUACGCGUGCCGCCGCUUAGAUUUCGUUCGUAGAUUUGAGAUCAAGUGGGUCUACGAGUGGUUGGACCUGGCGCCGUAUGUCUGCGUGGUGUAGGCCGUUUGCUUUGAGGUUCGGAAAAAAAUGUUUAUUUUUUCGGGCUGAAGAUCCAAGCAAUUUUGAGAAUCUUGUGAGAUCCAGAUAGCAGCAGCCCAACCGCGAACUGCAGAAUCGAAACGGUUGUUGGACACACGCCAGAUCUGAUCGAUGGAAGAAAGGAAAACACGGUUAGUGAAUUAAUAAUUUACAUACUCAAGUGCGGGGUGUAUUCCAGAUAUUGAAGGAAGAAGAAGAAGACGAAGACCUCACAGAGGGAGGAAAGUGUUUCAUAUUUCGAUUCAGCCAGGUCUGGGUAGUGGAUUGUGUUGGCUGGUGAGGCGUGGAAUACACGAGUCCACAGGGCAGACGGGAGCGAUAACUGAUCGCCGAAGUCUUGCCAAGUGCAUGCCGAUCCUGGAACCGGACUGGACCAACGAGAGUGAAGUACCCACCGGCGGCGAGCGCAUAUAAAAGUGGCUAUAAGUUGCAAAAUUUUAAUAAACAGCGCAUACGAUUAUCUCUGGUUAAUCUCCGCCCGACGAGGGAUUUUUCGCUGCCGCGAUUGCUCGGGGUAGUGGAUCGGUGCGACGAUGCCGUGGUCGGGUCAGUGACAGCAGAAGAUACUCAGUACUCAGGUGCGCUGCCAGAGCCAGAGCAGCGUUCGAAAAGUGAAGUAGAGUCGUUAAUAAUUUUAAAAGAUCAUUUGCGUGGAUUGCAGCCCGGGCUUGUCGUGUGCAAAAAGUGACCGUGAAGCGAUAAGAGGUAUAAGAAGACGAAAAAACGAUGGAGAAGAAACCGAUAAACCGAGGUUGAAGCGAAACAAAAUCAAAAUAAAACAGAAGCACGGAUAGUUUGGACGAUAAUUCAGAAAGGAGGCAAAAGGCAAAGGAAGAGCAGUGAACAGAUAUUUAUCGAAAAAUUAAAUUAUCGAUUCGUUGGUUGGAUUGAAGAUUGCUGGAAGGUACUUAACAACCGAGGGCUACCGAGAUAACCAUCCCAGCUGAGGUUCUUGCAUUCACUGAGCGCCUACGUAGCUCAGCCGCGUGGUCGUCAGCUGAUAAGAGCACACGAUGGAUUCAUUAUGAACAUGAUUUGAGCUACAAUCAACCCAUCCUCGGAGAGUGCCAAUAAUGCAUCACACCAUAUCGGUCCAUAAUUUCAACCAGUCACCAAUCAUGGGUUUUGCCGAUCCCAAUAACAACAGCUCCGUGGGAUCCUUCAGCGGCAGCGACGAUGCCACUAAGAAAGACGAAAAGUACUCGCUCCGGCAGCGACAGUCGCGCCGAUCAACUCCUGCUACCAAGCCGGAAAAGAAAACUAUCCCUAAAGAGAAACCCAAACAAAAAGCUCCUCCAUUGAGCAAGUACCGACGGAAAACAGCCAAUGCCCGAGAGCGAACCCGUAUGCGAGAAAUAAAUAGUGCCUUCGAGAACCUCCGAAAAGCGGUCCCCGUAUCGGUUGCCGGCACAAGCGGGAACACCUCCCCGGUAAGCUCACCCGGUCAGUCCGGCGGGGGAAACAGCUCGAACGAAAAGCUCACCAAGAUCACCACGCUACGUAUGGCCAUGAAGUACAUUCGGAUACUGAGCGACAUUUUGAACAACACCACCGAGGGCCACCUGGCGAUGGACAACAACAACGAUCUUGACAUGAUCAAUCAUAACGAAAUCGAACGGGAGGUGAUGCUGAAGGGAAUGCUCCUCAACGAAGCCAUGUUCCAGCCGAUUCUCAGCCCCCAACCCGCGAAACAAGCAGAGAAAAGCCCCAGUAGGAAAACCAACUCGUCCUCCACCGCUUCCAAGAAGAAACCCAAGAAAUCCAACUCCAAAUCCAGUCCACCGAAACGAACCGCCAGUGCGCGUCCCAAGCGAACCGCCAGCAAAGUGGAAGACAAGGCUCCCAGUUUAUACCCGAAGGACGAUCUGGUGGACUUGGGUAUGAUGCUCGACUCGGACAACGACGAUUCGCUUCAUCUGUCGGAGCCUUGCCUCAGUCCGCUGCAGCCGGGCAACGGGCUCAAGCAGACCUUCAACAGCUGCAACACCACCGGCGCGAACGACUUGGAGUUCGGUCUGUUUCUCGAGUCGGACGCCGACUCGCUGCAGCUGUCGGAACCUUGCCUCAGCCCGCUGAGCCACCUGGACUCGCUAAAUCCGUUCAACGAUCUGCUGCAUACGGGGUUCAACGAGCAAACGGCCCUGGAGCUGUACUUAUAACAUUCGGAGUCCGAUGGUGGUCGGCUCGGGGGUAGCAGGUAACUUGCGGCAGCCCAUCAGUGAUAGAGCAAAAUGACAAUUCCUCUUAGAUUGUAGGCUAGACGGCGUAAGAUUAGUCGGUAGUGCUAGAGAAUUCAAUGAUCCUGUUAUUUAUUCUCAAUGUGUCAUAUUAGCUAAGGAAAUCCGCAGACGGUUGUAUUUAUGUAUAGAAAGGUAGAUGAACGUAGGCAUUAGUAGCUUCCAUGCACGAAAAACAAACAACGCAAUAGCCAGAAACCGAUCGCCAGUCGAUUAGCAGUCAUCACAAAAUAUAAAAUAGCUAGGCAUGAUCGGAUAGAGAGUGGAAAGCAUCAUGAUUAUCGGUUUUAAUUGAAUGAGUGAGUGAUGCUGGGUCGGUCAUUUUCCAAUCUAGGCCUGUUGGAUAUCAUUGUAAUUGGCUGCAUUUAGUUCUCUUGAACUUAUUUACUGUUCUUUCAUUGUCGCAGGUAGGGCUUCCAAUUUUCCCGGGAAUAAACAUCCCGAGAAACGGGAAACGGGAAAUGAAACAGUAACUUGUGGGCUUCGUGGCCG